AUGAUGCAAAAUUCUAUUCAACGACAUUCAUAUCCUCCUCGAGCUCGUAACCCUAGUGCUCGUAUGCCAUACCCUCAAUUAUAUCAGCAACAGCCGGUUGUGAAAAAAAUUCGCGAUUAUUUAUUUUGGUCAAUUAUAAAUAUAUUUAUCGGUGGUAUUGUAGCUGGUCUUAUUGCUGUCUUAUUCUCAUAUUUUACUCGUGAACAAAAGCGAGUAAAUAAUUUGAAUGAAGCCAAAAAAUGGAGCAGAAGAGCUUUAAUUUGUAAUAUUCUUACGACUACAUUAGGCAUCAUUAGUAUUUGCUUGCUAAUUGCCCUCCCUAUAGGCCUAAGCGUGGGAUUGUCAUCAUCAUCAUCAUCAAGCUCUACAAACUCAGCAAGCUUCAGCUCAUCAACUGUAUCCUGUUCUUGUACUCUCAGUAGCGGAACUUGUACUGGCAACAUUGGUGGUUCAGUAACAGCAACGUCCUGUUCUGGCUGUGAUGCUGCUUGUAAAACUGCAUACAGCAGUAGCUGUACUAGCGCUACGAUAAUUGGAUCCUGUUGA